AUGUACUUCAAUUUUUGUCCAAGCUAACAUCUUUUCCUCCACAAUGUUUCAGUUAGAAUGCAUAUAUGCUCAUUUGCUAUACAGUACUGUUGUUUUGCCAAUAAAAUCAACCAUAAAUUUUAACCAUUUUUUUUAUAACUUUUUAGUUAAAGAAUAAUAAUAAUAAAGAUGAAUCGGUCGACAUGCACUAUAUGUUCAGAUUACCUUACUGCUUCAAAUGUUACAGCUUGCCCAUGUGGACAUACUUUUCACUAUGAAUGCAUUAUGACAUGGAAGGAGCAUUCUGCAACUUGUCCACAAUGUCGAAUUCGCUUUAAAGAACCGAUUAAAUUAUAUUUUGAGGAGAAUUUGUCUGGGGAAACGGAGGUAGAUUCAGCUGUGUUGAAGAAUCAGCUUAGCGAUGCGAAUUUAAAGUUAAAGGAAAAAGACUUGUCUAUUACAACUCUAAGAAAGAACCAUUUGCUUUCAAUGAACGAGCUGGCAACAGUAACACAGGAUAAAAAUGCAAUUGCACAACUUUUACAAAAUGUACAAGGUACUAACGAUGCGCUAAAGAAACAACUGUCUUAUAUGGAGAAAUACAAAGUGGAAGCCAAAAGAGCCAGGGAACAGGCUGGUCAGCUUGAAAAAACACUGCUAGAAUAUAAAAGCAUUCAAGAGUUGGUUCGUGGUGAAAGGCAUGAAGUUGAAGACAUGAUAAAAAAUUUCAAUGAUCCAUCAAUUGCGCUAUCACAAAUUGCUACUUCAUAUAAUAUUUUGAAAAAGGAAUUCGAACUGUUAAAAGAUUCCAAAAGACAGUUGGAAAUAGACAAGAAGGAAAUAAGAAGAAAAGCUGAAGCUGCUUCUAGAGAGGCAUUUGAAUAUAAAGAACAACUUAAAGUUGUGAGUAACGAUUUAACACAUUUGAGUGACACGAAUAAGAGUCUUGAAAAGAAGAUUAAAAAACUAGAACAAGCGUUUGCAUCGCCUAGCCCUCGAUCAAGUGCUAUUAAGCGACUAAUACAAGAAAGUCCAGCUCCUUUGGAUUUGAAACGACUGCGUGCUGAUGUAGUUUUGAAGGAACAAGAAGCAAACGGUAGUUUGCUCUUAUUUGACGAACAUGAUACUGGAAAUGAUAGUGAUGGUAGAGACAGUGGAUACUCAAAUGAGAUUGUGGAGGAAGAUACAAUUAGCGUGGAAGAGGAGGAGAGCAAGGAGUUGGCGAAUGAAUUUGGUCUGAACUAUGUCCCAACAACGAGUAUGACGUCGAAUAGACGGCCUUUAAAAGAUGUCAACAAAAACAGUAUAUUGAAACUUAACAUGGCGACGAAAAAACCGACAUCGACGUCAACCACGACAGGUUCGACGUGUUUACCUCACGUUAGGAAGGGUUAUAACGGUAUGGGGGGACAGUCAAAAGUCUUGAUUUUACCAAAGAGAAACGCAAACUUUGUCAAGCCGUUGCCAGCGAAGAAAGAACGAAAGAAGAUAAAAAUUCCAAGAAAUAAUUCAACCAUUUCAAAAUUAUUCACUACACCAAGGUUACCACAGUCCAGUCCCUAAGACAUAUUUAUUAUUUUUAUAUGUAUAUUUUUGUAAAUAUGUAAUCUAUUACACAUACAAAGAAGGAAUUUUUUUAAAAAUAUUGUAUUAUAUUCUUUCGAGAUGACCCAAAAACUUUCAAAAUACUAUUUCAUUUGUGCU